CGAUGCCGGAACCAGCGAAGGCUUCAGCGCCCAAGAAGGGCUCCAAGAAGGCGGUGACCAAGGUCCCCGGCAAAACCGGCAAGAAGAGGAGGAAGAGCCGCAAGGAGAGCUACGCCAUCUACGUAUACAAGGUGCUGAAGCAGGUGCACCCCGACACCGGCAUCUCCUCCAAGGCCAUGGGCAUCAUGAACUCUUUCGUGAGCGACAUCUUCGAGCGCAUCGCCGGGGAGGCCUCCCGCCUGGCUCACUACAACAAGCGCUCCACCAUCACCUCCAGGGAGAUUCAGACCGCCGUCCGCCUGCUGCUACCCGGGGAGCUGGCCAAGCACGCCGUGUCCGAGGGCACCAAGGCCGUGACCAAGUACACCAGCUCCAAGUGAACUGCUGCUGCGGGGACCCGCUGCCACACAACGGCUCUUUUAAGAGCCACCCACCGGCUCCCGGAGACAAACCGUCCUGAUGCUUCCACUCACACUCACUUGCACAAUCAAUCAAAUUUUUUCACUUGGUGUACUGAAUCUGAACCAUUUCAGGGACCAAACGACAACUGAACUUUAACAACCAUAUUGAACCUAAUGGAUUUAUAACAUUCAUGUUCAAAGUCAGAUCGAUGCCACUUUUUAUUAAAUAAAAAGACUUACAUGUUUAAAGUUUGUUUUCAUCCAAAUAAAUUGAAUCUACAAGCUCUAUAUAAUUAGGUGAUUGGACAGUAAGUGGCUUGCUGUGGUAAUCCACUAGAACGUUUCCAUCCAUUCACAAUACGUGAAUUCAGAAGUUGUCAAAUGUUUUGGAUGGACGCUGAUGUUUUCAGAAAUAGACAAUUUAUUCGAAAAAGCACUGAACAGUAACGGAUCAUGUGGAGUUCUGGCCUGUACUCGAUGUUAGAUGCUCGAGGACAUCACUCUAAGAAUCAUCACUGCAAGAGAAAUUAAAAAAAUGCCCAUGGAAUAAAAUUAGUCGUUGCUAAAUGAUUCCAUGAUCAAUAUUACUCUAUAGUUGACCAAUACAUGAAAGGCCUUUAUAGAGCCGGAAUGACAACACUGGGCGGCGGGUCAUGAAGUUUGCUUCAUAACCCGCUCUGUUUGACUCGUGUGCAGCGGGACUUAGACUCUUUUCUGCGAAUGAGUGGCUCUUAAAAGAGCCGUUGUUUGGUGGGUGGAGAUCGGGCAAGUUAGGCUCUCUCCCCGCGGAUGCGCCGGGCCAGCUGGAUGUCCUUGGGCAUGAUGGUGACCCUCUUCGCGUGGAUGGCGCACAGGUUGGUGUCCUCGAACAGGCCGACCAGAUAAGCCUCGCUGGCCUCCUGCAGAGCCAUGACGGCGGAGCUCUGGAAGCGCAGGUCGGUCUUGAAGUCCUGAGCGAUUUCUCUCACCAGGCGCUGGAAGGGCAGCUUGCGGAUCAGCAGCUCGGUGGACUUCUGGUAGCGGCGGAUCUCCCGCAGAGCCACGGUCCCGGGUCGGUAGCGGUGAGGCUUCUUCACACCGCCGGUGGCCGGGGCGCUCUUACGGGCCGCCUUGGUGGCCAGCUGCUUCCUGGGGGCUUUCCCUCCGGUGGACUUACGGGCAGUCUGCUUGGUUCGAGCCAUUGUGACAAGAAGUGAAUAUGAGGUGGACGUGGCGGAGCGCUUCUUAUGUAGCCGGAGCCGGGGCGAGGCUGGCGCUGAUUGGUCCAAAGAGAGGCACGUGACGAGGACAAGUCACUUCCGGUGGGAGCAGAGAGGACAUAUUGUUCAGUUCAGAAGAUUCAAGACAAGAAGAUUCUUUACUGCGAUAUUACAAUAAAUAUUUACUUAUACUUAGAACAUAUUAAAUAUAAUUACAUCAUAAAAAACUUACUUAGAAGUGAUUACAUAUAAUUUGAACAUAUACAAUUAUUUGGAACAUAUAAGAUUUACUUAGAACUUAUUAAGUAUAAUCUUAACACAUUAAACUUUUUUGACAAACUCAUUGUAAAUAUUUCCCUGAUGUGUUAUUUUAGUUUGUUCUGUUCUUUGUGCAAUGUGUUUCCGUUGUGAUGGCUUGAAUAUUGGUGAGUUAUUGGCUCUGUAAACUCGAGGCUCUCCUCUGUUAUUUCAUUGUUUAAUAUCUCUUGCAGUGAUAAUCCACUGGUGCAGUCACACAGUAUAAGAUAAAAAUGUGUUGUGCACGUUUUACUUUUGACAAUUUAGCUUUGUUAAAUUGGGUGUUCAGCAUUUAACUCUUUUUAUUCUGUUAUUACAUCGAGUUCAGGCCAGUACUCCAAACUUUGCACAUGAUGCUGUGCUGUUUAAUCAGUCUUUUUAAAUCAUUUGUCCGACUUGAAUAAAUUGUCCUCCUCGAAUCA